GAGCUUUGCUGUUGCACGAUUCGCGGGCAUAGCACAUCUCCCUACCCCAGAUUUCUCCGCAUCAUAACCUGUCUUCUGAGCGCUUCAAACCACGGCACUUGUGCGUGGCACCCAGACUAGUAGAGUUUGAAUUGUCGUCUUUAAUAGACUUUCACCAAUCUGCUUUUGGCUAUGAAGCCGUUCAUGCGCAGCCUUUUACCAGGAGCGUGGCUGAACUCAGCGGGAGAUGGUCCAGCUUCAAUUACCGAGUAUGAAUUACCGGCUGUCGAUCUAUGUACUACCAAUCCUCAAUCUACGACUCCCAGGACUAUAAGUAUCGAAUAGCUCUCCACAUAGACUCCACACUCGUCUAGGAUACUGACCCCAUAGCGUCCUUUCCUGUUCUUUCUCAAUUCAUUUUCCUAGUGCUCUACUUUCCACACUACAGACGUUGCUUCGCGCUCUCCACCACUCAAACGGCCUUAUCGGCUGGCAGCCGCGGAACGUUCCAAAUGGAUCCGACCUUUGACACUGAAGCUGUAUGAGAGGCUCUCUCAGCUUUUAGAAUGUAGCUUACGACACAAAACAGGAGCGACAUCAAAUCGAGGAGGAGCUCCACGUGGAGAUCCUCCCCGGUACGGAGAUCAUGGCUGAUGUCGGCAGCCAUCACUUCGUAAAGGGGGGAGGGAGCACUGUGCUAGUACCCCAGCCCAGCGACGAUCCGGCCGAUCCUUUGAACUGGUCUCUCUGGUGGAAGAUUGCAGCGAUUACCUCCUCGAGCAUGGUGACCUUUGCGCAAGGAUUUGGACCUCUCGCGCUUGCCCCGAUGUUCCCGGAUUAUAUCAAAGCAUUCAAUUGCACCUUGGCUCAGGCCGUGCAGUUCACUGGGGUUUGUAUUUUGGUUUUGGGAUUCAGCAACUUUCUAUGGGUCCCGAUCGCAACAUCAUUCGGCAGACGGCCCGUCCUCUUGACGUCCACUCUUCUCUGCCUUGGGUCCUGCAUCUGGAGAGCUCGAGCACAGACCUACGGUAGCUUUAUGGGCGCCUGUGUAGUCAAUGGGAUUGGAGCAGGACCUGCAGAAAGUAUGCAGCCAACAAUCAUCGCGGACAUCUUUUUCCUCCAUGAUCGUGGCAAAUGGAACACGUUGUAUUGGGUCAUCUAUAUGGGUUCUCUCAUGGUAGCACCGAUCAUUUCAGGCCCAAUGGCUGGAAAAGUUGGGUGGCGAGCGUUCUGGUGGCUUAAUGUUGCUCUUCACGGGCUGACAUUUGUGAUGGUGUUCUUCAUGUUUCCGGAAACGAAGUGGCAACGUGGAACGUUUAAAGAGCAGUUGGCGCGAGCUACAGGAACUUCUCAGCUGGCUGAAAAGGACGUGGAAAAGGAAGACGGUAGCCAACCUGCAAGCACAGCUGAUGACGAUCAAGUCAAGCCAACUGUCACUGCGAAUUCACAUGUUUCCCAGAGCAACGACCUUGUCGGCGUCAAGACGGCGGAUCGAGAUCCAUACCUGGGCAAAGGAACGCCGAAGAAAAGCCAAUGGAUGUUCUUCCAAACGAAUGCCCACCCGUUCAAGUCCAUUCUCCUUGACCUUUGGAUCCCGUGGAAACUAUUCGCCUUCCCCAUCGUGGAAUUUGCAUCAUUUGUCGUAUCCUGGUCAUGCAGCUCGUUCCUGACACUCAAUCUCACACAAUCACAAAACUUUGCGGCACCACCAUACAACUUCUCUUCGCAGUCCAUCGGUUUCAUGAACUUCGCCAUCCUCGUGGGAGCGUUUAUCGGACUGGCCACUGCAGGUCCACUCAGCGACUGGGUCUCAAUGCGCGCAACGAAGAGAAAUGGCGGCAUCAGAGAGCCAGAGAUGCGGUUGCCUGCCAUGAUUCCGUACGUAAUUAUCAUGUACCUGGGCAACAUCAUUGUGUCCGUAGGAUAUGAGCGUAAGUGGAGCUGGGAAGUUAUUGUCAUUAUUGGCUUUACCUGUGCUGGUAUUCAAGUUGCUGCUCUGCCGUCGAUAGCAAGUACCUACGCUGUAGACAGUUAUAAGCCAGUCGCUGGAAGCUUGUUCGUGAGCAUCACCGUCAAUAAGAAUGUGUGGGGAUAUGGCUUCUCCAAGUUCAUCACCCCGUGGAGCGAGAAAAAUGGCUUUAUUCCUCCUAUCAUGACGAACGCAAGCCUGAUUUUGCUCUGGUGCUUGUUUGGGAUCCUCUUCUACUACAAAGGUAAAACUUUCAGGAGAUGGUCAAAGAACAGCAAUGUGCACCACAUGUAGACUAUCUCCAAGCUUGAAAACAUUCGCUAAGAUGGAUCGCACGGUGGUGGAGACUUAGAAGUAAUGAAAAUUCUUAAAGAACC